AUGCAACAAUCAGUCGUGAUUGAAGAAAAGAAACAAGUUCAAUUUGAUCCGAACACUGCCAAUAACACCGAAGCUGCUGAUUUGAUCAUGCAGAAUUCAGUAGCGAGAGAUUUGAACCAAAUCAGGGCCUUGUUUUUGAAAUCUCUAUUUCUACAAUUUAGGCAAUACAAAACAAACCUUUGUCAGUUGUUGUUCCCUGUCAUGUGUUUGGUGUUCAUUUUUAUUUUACAAGCGGUUCUGAACACUCUCGUUCAAGGGUUUUUCAAUGCUGCUGGUACGGAUGGAGUUUUUAAAAUCAAUGCAACCUCUCUGGAAUUGUCACAACUCAUGUUACAAGCCAAACAAACAGAGUACAAUCAACAACUAGUCCUCAAUAAUGAUCCUAGCGCUACCAAAAACUUAACAUUUUCUCCACCUGAAGCUAUUUAUUUGAGUUCAGACAAGAUUGGUUAUUUGGAUGCCAUUGGUAUUGGCAGAUUAUCACCAAAUAUUAGUGAACCUUCGACUGGAUUUCUCAAACUUGUCACUCCAUUCUCUAGAUCUAGUCCUUUCUAUUUGGUCAAUGGAACUUACAAUUACACUGGAUUUAUUCAAAUUCCUUACAGUGCCACUGGUCCAUUCACAGAUGAACGUUCGAUGGAUGCAAUGAUAUUUGAUCAAAUGGGAGCUGUUGGUAAACCAGAACGAAUGAAUGCAGUUGGAGCUUAUAUUAUUAGAGAAUUAUCGAAUGGUCCUCAAAAAGGACGAAUUAAUUACACUGUAGAAUAUGAUUAUGAUGAAAAAACUCGAUUCUGUGGUGGAUUUAUGAAAAAAUCUCCUUAUUCCUUUGUGAUUAAGAGCUGUAGAGAUGUCCUUGGUGUUGGUCUUCAAAAUUGGAUGAACGAUGCCUUCUUAAAGAACAUGACAGGAAGUAAUAGCUAUAGAAUCAAAACUAGCACUGCUCAAAUGCCCUACGACACUUCAAUUGCAACCUUCCAAAUUGCAGAUCUUUUAGGUUAUUUCUUUUUCCCAAUGAUUUUGUGUUUGUUGUUACCUUCAUUUAGUUUCACAGUCGUAUUGGAAAAACAAUUCAAACUGAGAGAAAUGAUGAAACUCAUGGGCAUGAAAAUGAGAUAUUACUGGCUUGUGACUUAUGUUUUCUUUUUCCUUUUGUAUUGUAUUUCAGCAGCAUUAUUUAUUAUUUUCAGCUUGAUAUUUGGCUUUAGAUUUAUUACUCAAACAAAUCCAUUGAUUUUAUUUAUUUUCUUUGUGUGUUGGGGAAGCACAUUGGUGAGCUUUUCAUUCUUACUAUCUUCCUUUGUUGGAAAGACCAUUGUGGCAACUAUUAUCAGUUACCUCAUUGUGUUGAUUGGUCCUAUGGUUGGUGUCAUUCUUGAGAUGCAACUUUUGACAGACGCCCCCAAUGCUCGUUAUGGGCUACUGGUUGUCUUUCCAUUACAAAUUACACAUUUCGUAUAUGCAGCAUCGAGUUCAUGCAAUAAUUUGGAAUGCUUACGAAAGACAUCAGAUAUUUUUGCCAACAAGUCUAUUUUCUUUUCACUCAUUUACAUGGUGGGAAUGUCAGUGAUUUACUUUUUAUUGAGCUUGUACUUUGAUGCUGUUGUUCCUCAACCUUUUGGUGUUUCAAGACAUCCACUAUUUUUCCUCGAAUGGAUUUGGAAACCUUUCACCAAAAAUCGAGUCAAGAAGAGUUCAUCCAGUAAGAACAAGAUUUUACCAUGCACUUCUCCUUCUGAUUCACAACCAGCACAAGAUGAUGAAUUGGUUAUGGAUGCAUCGAAAAAUCGUAUCGAUGAAAUGGAUUCAGAUGUUUUUGAAGAAUAUCGCAAAGUCAAUCCUCCAAAUCUCGACAAGAAACAAACUCUCGAACAUUUGAAGCAGUUAAAGAAUGAAUAUGGAGUGGUCUUUUAUAAUUUAGAAAAGACUUAUGGAAUGAAUCGAGCAGUGAAAGGAACAUGUUUGACUAUUGGAAAGUCAGAAUGUUUUGGAUUAUUGGGUAUGAACGGUGCUGGUAAAUCCACAACCAUUUCCAUGUUAUCAGGAAUGUUUGGUCCAUCAGGUGGAACUGCCUUUGUCUAUGGCAAAGAUAUUCGACAUGACAUGAAUGACAUUCAUCAAAUCAUGGGUCUUACCGCUCAAUUUGAUAUUCUCUAUCCAGACUUGACUUGUGAAGAACAUUUAUUAUUCUACAGUCGGUUGAAAGGUCUCAAAUUGAAAUACGAAAAAGAACACGUUCAAAGUUUAUUGAGACAAGUUGGAUUAGAUAAUGAAACAUUGAAAACCAAAUGGUCACCCAACUCGAGUGCACUUUCCGGAGGUAUGAAACGAAGACUUUCCAUUGCCAUUUCAUUGGUAGCAGAUCCAAAAAUUAUCUUGUUGGAUGAACCCACGACUGGACUUGACCCUCUCAGUAAGAGACAUUUGUGGAAUAUUAUUUUGAAUCAAAAGAAGAAUCGAACAGUGAUUUUGACGACUCACUCCAUGGAGGAAGCAGACGUCCUGUGUGACAGGAUUACCAUCAUGUCGAAAGGAUCAUUUAAAUGUUUAGGACCUGGUUUGCGAUUGAAAAACAAAUUUGGUGAUGGAUUUUUAUUGAGUGUGAGUUAUGGAGCAGAACAACAACAGCGUGCAGAGCAAUAUGUUUAUGAUUAUGUUCCUGAGGCAGUGAAGGAUUUAACAUUAUCAGGAACAACAAUAUUCAAAAUUCCAAGUUUUUCUUCUAGUGGCUCUAAAAAUACAAAUUCACAACAAACGAUUGAGACGAGCGUUGAGGACGUGGAAUUAACACACCAAGCUACUCCAAAACAACAAAUGGAAGCUCGUGAGACGAGAUCUAUUGCUGGAUUAUUCAAGCAUAUGGAAAGAGGCAAAGCAGAGAAUGGUAUUAAGGAAUGGGCUCUCAACCAAUGUUCCCUCGAACAAGUGUUUUUGAAUAUAGUUCAGAAAGAUUCGGAGAAAAGGUCAGCCUCCGAGAAAGAGGCCAAAUGUGCCCACAAGAGAUCUACUGUUCUCAUUCGACAAUGCUUGUGUUAA